UACCAACUCAAUUGAACUUCCUAACAUGGAACCAUGGAGGAUGACAACCACCACCUUAAUUCUUCUGUCAUUCUCAUGCUGCCUUCUCGCAUCGCCCAACAUGGAAGGAUACGAUGAAAUGGGCCGUCUUCGAGAGCUGAUGAAAUCCCAAAGGUCAUCAAGCCCUCUCCACCACAACUUACAGACUCAUCCAAAUUCAAAGAAGACCUACUCGCCCGUCUACGUCCGUCCACAAGAUGGGCAGAUGGAAGCCGAUAAGAUCGACGAAUUGCCAGGACAACCGGAAGGAGUGAGUUUUGAUCAAUAUGCAGGCUAUGUAACAGUAGACCCAGAAGCAGGUAGAGCGCUCUUCUACUACUUCGUGGAGUCCCCACAAGACCCUUCCACCAAGCCUCUAGUCUUAUGGCUCAAUGGAGGACCUGGUUGCUCUUCACUUGGAGGUGGAGCAAUGGUGGAGCUGGGACCGUUUGGAGUCAAUAGCGAUGGGAGGACUCUUUAUGCCAAUAUCUAUGCCUGGAACAAUGUGGCGAAUGUGAUCUUCCUGGAAUCGCCCGCUGGGGUGGGGUUUUCAUAUUCCAACACAACGUCUGACUACAAGCUGAGUGGAGAUAAGAGGACUGCUGAAGAUUCCUACACUUUUCUUGUCAACUGGCUCGAAAGGUUCCCUCAGUACAAGACUCGCGAGUUCUACAUUACUGGAGAGAGCUAUGCCGGGCAUUACAUACCAGAGCUUGCUAGCCUUAUCCUUGCAAACAAUAAGAACACGAAUCAAACAGUCAUCAACUUAAAAGGAGUUGCAAUGGGAAAUGCAUACAUUGAUGGUAAUACCAAUGAGAGGGCGACUUACGACUACUAUUGGACUCAUGCCUUGAUCUCCGACGAAGCGUACAAGGAAAUUCGAUUGAAGUGCACCUUCACCAGUCGAAAUUAUACUCCAGGCUGUGUGAGUGCUCUAGGGGCAGCUGAUGCAGAAGUUGGAGAUAUCGAUUACUAUAACAUCUAUGCUCCUCUUUGUCAUGGACCCUCCAUGGCAGCUCACUCAACCAAAUUGGAAGCCGAUCCAUGCGCCGGGAUGUAUACUAGGUCAUAUUUGAAUCUCCCAGAGGUGCAGAAAGCCCUUCAUGCUAAUGUAACAGGGUUAUGGUACCCUUGGAGUCUUUGCAGUCGUUUCGUUGGAGGUGGUAAUUGGAAUGAUGCACCUGAUACUCUUUUGCCUACUAUUAAAGAGCUCGUCUCAAGUGGCAUUAGUGUGUGGUUGUAUAGUGGGGAUCAAGAUUCAGUGGUUCCAGUGACAUCCACUAGAUACUCCAUAGACAUGCUUGGACUCGACAUCGAAUCAUCAUGGCGCCCAUGGUACACCGACAGCGAGGUUGGAGGGUAUGUCGUCGGCUAUAAAGGCUUGACAUUUGCAACAGUAAGGGGAGCCGGUCACAUGGUGCCGAGCGACCAACCUGAAAGAUCACUGACCAUGAUUUCAUCAUUCCUUGAAGGAAAACUUCCACCAACUGCAUGAGCACAACCCUCCCCAUCCAAGCCUAAUCAUCUUCUUUCAUUUCAAUGAUGGGUAAUGGCAUCCUGGCAUCAGCACAGAAAUCGAACGAGCUUUAUGUAUUCAUGCCUUGAUGUGUAUGACUAUUCCUUUGAUUGAUUACCUUCACCGAUUGUGGAAUGCGAUACACCGUGAUGAUGGUAUUCUCAUGUUAAAUGAUUUCUUCUUCUUUCCUA